AUGCAACGACUCAAUGAUGCAAAAUGCGAUGUCAUGGUCAAUCACGUCUGGUCUGAGCAAGCGAAACUUCUUUGGAACAUUGGAAACGACGACGAGGGUGUGGUGAUCAAGAAAUCGCGAGGCCAAUAUGUGUGUUGUCCUCCGGACUUACGCAGACCGGAUGGUUUCCUGGAAGCAGUCCAGGCACUAAAUGUCAAGAGCGCCAUGACAGUCAACACUCGUGUCAUCAACAUCCUCCUACAAGAAAGCCACUUCAGUUUCAUGCCGAUAGGCGAUGACCUUCGACUCCAGAUCCUUCCCGACAUGUCAUGUUUGAGCCGUUGCGCAAAACAUCAAUUUGCUGCCUUCAUCGCUGACAGACGACUCCUGGUAGUCUGGGAUGACCAACCUGAGAAUCUCAUUGCCCGAGCUGAGAAGAUCGAAAGAGGUCUCAUGGCCAUGAUCUGGUCAAGCGACACAGCAGAUGAAACCAACGAGAAAAGCAACAAGGAUAGUCGAGUCUCUAUCCAGGAGCUGGAUAUGCCUCAGAGCGAAGAAUGUCUAGCAGAGAAACCACGUCGCGUGGUUUUACUGCACUCAAUCACAACUGGGCUCACGCUUUGUUUGAUUCUUGUCGUCCUUGGUGCUGGCUACAGAAAAAUCGUCAAAGAGAUUGCAUACGAUAACAGCUACACCCGACUGGCACUGAUCGCGGUCGCUCCGGUCACGACAUGGCUGGCUUUUUUUUUCUUCCAGGCUCUCAUUUCAAACAUUCUCCAGAUCUUCGGCCCGAUCAGUCAAGUACAGGAGAACACCAAGUAUUACUCUGGUCUACCACCAAAGCGACUCUCAAGCAAUGGACCGCUACCUCAUGUCACUAUCCAGUGCCCUGUCUAUAAAGAAGGUUUGCAGACGGUCAUCGCUCCGACAGUGUAUUCGAUCAAGGCUGCCAUCUCGACAUACGAAAUGCAAGGCGGCACGGCGAAUAUUUUCAUCAAUGAUGAUGGCAUGCAACUACUGUCAGCCGAAGAAGCGCGCGCUCGUCAAGAUUUCUACGAAGAACACAGCAUCGGCUGGGUGGCGCGUCCUCGUCAUGAUCCAAAAGGAGAACACAACCCUGUCCCAUUCCUCCGUCGCGGCAAGUUCAAGAAGGCGUCAAACAUGAACUAUGCUCUCUGGGUCAGUAACAGGAUCGAGGACAAGAUCAGUGCUGGUGGCCAUCGACCUGAUUACUGGACACAAGAAGACGAAGUUGCUUCCUACGUUAGGGCCCUUGAGGAAGUGAUCGAAGAGGAUGAAGGCCGUACCUGGGCAGACGGCAACAUUCGCAUGGGAGAUUACGUGCUUCUCAUCGAUUCUGAUACGCGAGUUCCGACGGAUUGCCUGCUCGAUGCGGUCAGCGAGAUGACCCAUUCACCACAAGUCGCCAUCAUCCAGUACUCAUCAGGCGUGAUGAACGUGACAGAAUCAUUCUUCGAAAACGGCAUCACAUUCUUUACGAAUUUGAUCUACACGCAGAUCAAAUAUGGUAUCGCAAGCGGUGACGUUGCACCCUUCGUAGGUCAUAAUGCUAUACUUCGCUGGUCUGCGGUACAAGAUAUUGCAUACGAUUGCCCAGACGAUUCUCGAGAGAAGUAUUGGUCAGAGUCGACUGUAUCAGAGGACUUCGAUAUUGCCCUUCGCUUGCAAUCUUCAGGAUACCUUGUUCGCUUCGCUAGCUAUACUGGAGACGGCUUCAAGGAAGGCGUGUCGCUCACGGUGUACGAUGAGUUGGCUCGCUGGGAGAAGUAUGCUUAUGGCUGCAGCGAGUUGAUUUUCCAUCCCUUCCGAUACUGGCCAACCCGAGGACCGUUUACUAAGCUAUUUCGCACGUUUGUCAUGUCGGGAAUGCCACUGCCGUCGAAGCUCACUAUCCUGUCAUAUAUCGGGACCUAUUACGCCAUUGGAUCCGCAUGGUUGUUCACACUGAUCAAUUAUUUCAUCGUCGGAUGGUUCAAUGAGCUUCUCGAUAAAUACUACCUCAACUCGUUCCAGGUCUACUUGUCGAUCAUCGUGGUGUUUACAGCUCUUGGAAACGUCUCGCUUGCCAUCCUUCGUUAUCGGAUCGGAGAACAAUCUCUUGUACAAGCAUUGAUCACCAAUUUCAAGUGGGCACCACUCAUGAUAAUGUUCAUGGGCGGGUUAUCACUCCAUGUCUCGCAAGCUCUUCUAUCGCAUCUGUUCAGUGUCGACAUGAACUGGGGAGCAACUUCCAAGGAAGUGGAGAACACGACGUUCUUCAAAGAGGUGCCCAAACUGAUAAGGAAUUUCAGAUUCACCUUCUUGUUUUGUUUAGUACUGUCGGUUGGCAUGGUACUGCUGGCAACUGUUGUACCUGAGUUUUGGAGGAUUGAUCAGUUCAUCGCCAUCUAUCCACUUGGGACCAUUGUUGUCAGUCACUUUCUCCAGCCAAUCGUGCUGAAUCCUAGCCUUAUGCUUUUCACCUGGUAG